AUGGCGACAACAAAACCCAUACACACCUUGAUUCUCGACACAGGAGCCCUGAUCAAAAAUGAGCCUCCCGUCUCUACUCUCCUCUCCCACACCGAAAAACUCAUCACCGUGCCCGCCAUCAUCACCGAAAUCAAAGACGCCGCAACCCGCGCGCGUGUGGAGACGACACUCAAACCCUUCCUGGAAUUACGGUCUCCCAAUCCGGCCAGUGUGAAGAUUGUGACGGACUUUGCGAGGAAGACGGGUGAUUUGAGUGUGCUGAGUAGACCGGAUGUGCUGAUUUGUGCGCUGGCGUAUGAGGUCGAGUGCGAGAGGAAUGGAGGCGAUUGGAGAUUGAGGAGGGUGCCGGGGCAGAAGGGGUUGAAUGGGAGUCCGCCGAAGAGGGAUGAGAAUGGAGAGAUUGUGAAGGAGGGGGAGAUGAAGGAGGGAGAAGUGGCGAUGAACGGAACGGAGGUCGAGGCGAAUGAAAGGACUUCAGCAGCGUCGGAACCAUCGGUCCAACCAGAGGAGAUUAAAGACGAGGAAUCAUCGGCCACUCCAGCAGCAUCACAAGAACCGGACUCGGCCGAUCAAAUAGCAUCACAACUCCAAUCCGCCUCUCUCGAUCAACAAUCACUCCCCAUCACGACAACACAACCAGACUCCACCGAAGACUCCGACAACGAUUCGGACGGCUGGAUAACCCCCUCCAACCUCAAAAAGAAACAAGCCGAAGACGCCUCCCUCUCCACCAAAGAUAUCCUCGAACCCGCCACCAUGCAAGUCGCGACCCUCACCUCCGAUUUCGCCAUGCAAAACGUCCUCCUGCAAAUGAACCUCAACCUUCUCUCUCCCACCCUCACCCGCAUCCGCCACCUCAAAACCUACAUCCUCCGCUGCCACGCCUGCUUCACUACCACCCGCGACCUCUCGAAGCAAUUCUGCGCGCGAUGUGGUCAGCCCGCUUUGACCCGCGUGUCGUGCUCGACAUCCGCGAAUGGAGAGUUUAAACUACAUUUGAAGAAGAACAUGCAGUGGAAUCAUCGCGGGGACCGGUACUCGAUUCCGAAGCCGGUGCAUGGGAGUUCGAAUGGGAGGAUUCGGGGUGGUGGGAAGGGUGGGUGGGGACAUGAGUUGAUUUUGGCCGAGGAUCAGAAGGAGUAUGCGAUGAAGAGUACGGAGGAGAAGAGGAAGAAGGAGAGGGGGUUAAUGGAUGAGGAUUAUUUGCCGGGGAUUUUGACGGGGGAGAGGAGGAAUGCUGGGCAGAGGGUGAAGGUGGGUGCUGGGAGAAGUGUGAACUCGAAGAAGAGAUAG